AUGGGUGACGACAUUGGGCAUGAGUGCGGCUUCGCCAUGCUGCGCUUGUUGAAGCCACCAGAGUAUUACCUUGAGAAGUAUGGAACGCACUUCUUCGGCCUCAACCGCAUGCACCUGCUCAUGGAGAAGCAGCGGAAUCGUGGCCAGGACGGAGCUGGCGUGGCGAAUGUCAAGUUGGACAUGCCUCCGGGAACCAGGUAUCUCCAUUGCGAGAAGUCAAUCGCCGCUGAUCCCAUUGGGGACCUUUUCGGGCGCGUGGAGAAGCAGGCCACGGCCAUGCUGCAGAAAGCCCCGCGAGAUGCGCGGAUCCCCAGCGGCCCCAACGGAAAGGAGCAGGUCGACCCCAGGUGGGUCAAGGACAACAUCCCCUUUUGUGGUGAAGCCUACUUGGCCCAUGUCCGCUAUGGCACCGACUCCGAGAACAGCCUUGAUAGGUGCCACCCGGUAACGCGCGAGAGCAACUGGAUGACCCGAAACCUCAUCUUGGCUGGAAAUUUCAACAUCACCAACAACGAGGACCUCUUCGGGAGUCUUGUGCAGCUGGGUCAGCAUCCCCGGGAGCUGUCGGACACCGUCAUGCUGUUGGAGAAGAUCGGCCACUUCGUGGACAAGGAGAACAACGACCUCUACGUGAAGUACUCGGCUGCCGGCCACAGCCCGCAGACCUGCUUCAGCCUCAUCGCCGAGAACAUCAACAUUGCCCGGAUCCUCCGCCGGGCCUCCAGCCUCUGGGACGGUGGCUACUGCAUCGCCGGCCUCCUUGGCCACGGCGAUGCCUUCGUCAUGCGGGACCCCAGCGGAAUUCGGCCAGCUUUCUACUAUGCCGAUGACGACUUCAUCACGGUGUGCUCGGAGGCGCCUCUGAUCCAGACCGUCUUCGGUGUGCAGGAGGAGAAGGUGCAUCCGCUUCCUCCCGGACAGGCGCUGUGCAUCAAGAGGAGCGGGGCCUGGACUCUGGAGCAGAUCCUCGUGCCCCUUGCCUUCAAGCAGUGCUCCUUCGAGCGCAUCUACUUCUCACGCGGCAACGAUGCGGGAGUCUAUCGCGAGCGUGAGGAACUGGGCCGACUCUUGCUGCCUCCGCUGCUGAAUUUGUUGGACGUGAACGGCCUCUCCCUGGCGAACACGGUGCUCAGCUUCAUCCCCAACACCUCGGAGCUCGCCUUCCUGGGCUUGGCAAAGCAGGCCCAGGAUCACUUGGACCGCCAGAAGGCUGAACUGGUCAAGGCGAUGGGCCAAAACGGCAGCGCGGUGAAAAUCGACGAGGCGAAGCUCCACGAGCUGCUCAGCGCCAAGGUGCGCACUGAGAAAGUGGUUCACAAGGAUGCGAAGAUCAGGACCUUCAUCCAGGAGGACUCCUCCCGCGAGCACCUGACGAUGCAUGCCUACGACAUCCACUACGGAACGGUGCGGCGGGGGCAGGAUGCCGUGGUUGCCUUGGACGACUCCAUCGUCCGCGGCAACACCUUGAAGAAUGCCAUCUUGAGGACGUUGGACAAGAUGGGGCCCACGCAAAUCAUCGUAGUGUCCAGCUGCCCACAAAUCCGAUACCCGGACGUGUACGGCAUUGUCGGGGCCCUGUUUCGCCGGGCUCCAGCUGUCGGAUCUCCGGGGUCUGCUGGACCGGAGAAGUUGCUGUAA